UUAUUUCCAGCUCCAGAACUGGGUGACAUCAGUGAGGUGAAGAGGCACAGCCCACACUGCCUGCCUGUGACCUCCCCCUCCAGCAACUCUCUGAACAAAGUCAACGGGGGGCGGGACCACGGCGCCUCUCCGACUGUCACAGCCGUGAUUUCGAGCUCUCAUUGGCUCCUGUCUGCGAACACGUCACAAUCAUGAUUAGAAUUGAUGAUCGGACGUUCUGAUUUCAUUGUCUAGCAGAGGGGCACGGGUGAAGAAAUCUGCUGAAUUUGGACCGUUCGUCUGAUUUUAACAUCAAAAAUGCUGCAUCACCCGGAGGUGUGCCAGGCGCACUGACGCAAGAUGACAACAGUCCUAACAAACCAGUGCUUUUCURUACAAAUGGAGGUGUUGCUGUGAUCUGCAUGGCUGCCUCUUUUCCCUCCAGCAGCAGAAUGGAUGCGUGGUCACAAAGGCGUGGCCUGCAGACUAUGAACCUGCGGUCCGUGUUUACAGCUGAGCAGCAGAGGAUCCUGGAACGUUACUAUGACAAUGGGAUGACCAAUCAGAGCAAGGCGUGCUUCCAGCUGAUACUGCAAUGUGCUCAGGAGGCCAAACUGGACUUCAGCGUCGUCCGGACUUGGGUUGGCAACAAAAGGCGAAAACUUGCCUCCAAGGUCGAUCAGAAUGGAAGUCCGUCUCAAUCCCUGUCUGGUCACGGAAUAGCUGGAGGUCUGCUGUCCAAUCCCACGUUGGCUGGAAGUGCGCUAUCCAAUCACGGCCUGGCGACAGGUGCGCUGCUUCCUGUCGACAUAGCUGCAGCACGGACCAUCCCGAAUCGUGUGCAUCUCCUUCCUCCAUCCUCCUCUUUCCCUUCUUUUUCCUCAACAUCUUCCUCUUCCUCGUCCUCCUCUCCUCUCAGCAGCAGCAGCAACAACAACAAUAACGACGUGAUCCUGACUGGGAUCUACUCUCUGACYUCUGCUCCACGAUCCCGGACGAGACCCAUAGUCCCCCAGUCUCAGUCGGACUCUGAGCUUUCGGUGCAUGCGUCUCCAUCUUUGAUCAACCAGGUGCUGCAGAGCAGGACCAGCACUUCUUCCUCCCCCAUCCAGCCCAAGAUCCUGUCCCUCUCUCAGACUCUCCCACCCAUCACAUCUGCCUCAGGACCUUUAGUCUACACUGCAGUCAGGAAGGGCACUUUAUCCACUGGGGAGGCGGGGGCAAGUGCUUCAUCGGGGGUCGUACCUCACAGCUGGACUAGACAGUAUGGUACAGCACAACCCCGCCUGUGGUCUUCUUCCUCACAACCCCAGGCUCAACCUCAGCCCAGACCUCACUCCAACCCCCAACCUCAGCCCAGACCUCACUCCAACCCCCAACCUCAGCCGCCACCUCCACARAAACCCCGGGUCUCCCUCCUCGCCCAAAACGCUGGCUCCUCCUCCGAGCAGACGCCUCGUAUUCAGCAGGUCUUCACCCUGUCAGGAAAGGGCGAGGAGCAGCGACUUAGACCCGGCAACACGUCUGCUCCGAGGAACCAGGAGACUCGCAGACCAUCACCUCGCCCUCUGGACUCUAGUCAUAACUUCUCCAUUGCCAUGGAAACUGGAAAUGAAGAAGRUGAGUGGCAGAAGGAAGAAGAGCUGGCAAACAUGGCUGCUCAAACACACAUCCACAGGGAGCAGACGUUAACCAGCCCGACAGGAGCUGAAGUGUCGGUUGUGAGAGGACGAAGCACUCCUCCCCCGGCCGGCUCCAGACCCGCAGUGCUUCAUGGGAACUCAACACUUCAGGGCAGCUACUCGUUCACAGAACAGACCUCACCUUCAAGAGAAUCCAGCUCUCAGACCUCACUUGGCAUUUCUGCAGCCCCCUGGGUUAUGAGCAACUCCAGAAAGAGGACCCUGCAGGACCGGACUCAGUUCAGCGACUGCGAUCUCGUCCAGCUGAAGCGCUACUGGGACCGAGGCAUGACGAGCCUCGGCUCGGUGUGCAGGGAGAAGAUCRCUGCCGCAGCCAACCAGCUCAACGUCGACACUGAAAUAGUCAAGACAUGGAUCAGCAACAGGCGCAGGAAGUACCGUCUGAUGGGUAUUGAAAUYCCCCCUCCUAAAGGUGGACCUGCUGUAUUCACAAGCUCACCUCCACCAGGGAACCGGUCUCCAGUGGCCCUSAGCCCAGACGGCGAGCAGCUCGGGACACCUGACCUGGUGGAUGAGCUGAAUGACGGGGGAUCUGUGUGCAUGUCCGAGGAUGGGACCGUGGACUCCCAACACAGAGAUGGAGAGGAUGAAGCAGAUGUGUCCACUGUGCCUCUGCUAGCCGAUAACGUGAUCGAAGUAAUCGAUGAGGAUGAAGAGGCUGAUGAUGACUUGGUGAUUUCAGACCUCGAGCAAAUGCAGAAUCUGCUGGAAUUCAAGCACGAGGAGGUGCAGUUCUUAGAGAACGAGCUAGAGAACCAAAAACAGAAAUACCAGGAGCUUGCAGAGUUCACGAAGAGCCUGCUCAGCGCUGUGAGGAACAAUGACCUGGAGAGACAGCAGGAACUUUUAGCCAGUCUACCUCAGCCUUCAGACCAGGACUGGGACCUGACCGUGGAGAGAGGAGCYCAGUCGGACGCGACGCCCAACCACGACUUCCAGGCAGACGGCGCGAGCGGCACACACCCUCCACAGGUCCACACAGACGAAGAAAUCCAGAUAGUUGGCGUGAACAAAAGUCACACAACAGCUGAAGCUGCUGAGCCCUCUGCAUCAGAGGAGCAGCUGCAGGAAGCAGCUAAAGAACAAAAGUGACUUUCCCCAUCGGCGCACAAACACACUCGUACAGAUAUUYUCACACUCCACACAGAUUUUACACAGGAAGGACUGAACGGUCCAACAGUUACAAAAUAAAAAAGACAAAAAUUAAAUAAAUAAAACCUCUGUUAAAUUCAUGCACAGUGCCUGAGGAUUGACGCUUCACUACGACUGUUGGGACUAAUGCCUUUUUUACUGCAUAUCAUUCGCCUUGCUCUGGUCCUGUCCAGAGAGAACAAUAAAUGACCUCUAACUUAA